AUGGAGCAACCCGACCCUCCCGUGGACAUCCACGCCCCCUUUACGCGCGCUGAGCGCAUGCAACAACUCGCUGACAUUGACCGUGACAUCGCCUCCCUUCUGGACCUGACCGGGACGGCCAUACAGAGCCUGGGAAAGCAGAGCCUGCCACCAGCGCCUGCUACCACCACCACCAGCACAGGCGCCGGCGCUCCCGAGCAGCAAGACUCGCAGCCGCAGUCGCAGCCCCAGCCCUCGGCGGCAGAGCAGACCCGCCAGUUCGAGGACGCCAUGAACAAGUUCCUCUCCACUCUGCACUCGGUCGACGCACGCCUGAAGCGCCAGAUCCUGGGGCUCGACGAGGCCGGCAUCAUCAGCCUGCCCAGCAACAAGGACGCCGCCAAGGACAAGCCCAAGGACGAGGAGGGCACCGGCCCCAGCCCCGCCGCUCCAGGCCCCAAGCCCGCGCUCGAGCCCGACGGCGUCGGCAUGGUCGGCGACCUCGACGUCGGCUGGCUGAACAGCAGGAGCAACCAGGUCGAGCGGGAGAUGGAGGCCGAGUUGUGGACCAAGGCGAGGAGGCACCUUGAGGCCCUGUCUGGGGGUGUGGCUGCCGCGGGCUACCAGGACGGUGAUGCUAACAUGACGGGAUAG